AUGCCUUCGUUUGCGACCCACCCAAGUGACGCGGAGCUAGCUGAGAAGCGCAGACUUCUGAAUGGCAUCCAAGAGAGGAGGGACCAAGCUGGCAAGCUUGUAGCUGGUGUAGCUGCAGCAUGUGACGUCGAUAGAUUUAAGGCUCCGGCAUCUGAUAAGCCAAACGCAAAACGCUGGGACUCUCACAUCAGCCCAGAGAGCCAAUUACGGGGACCUUGCAUUCUCAAGCAAGCUGCAUCUUACAUGAGCGAUCCCGAUAUUGUGUCGCUCGGCGGUGGUUUGCCCUCGAGCGAGUGCUUCCCAUUCUAUGAAUGGAGUUUCAAGGUGCCAACGGCACAGCACUUUUUCAAAGAUCACGAUGAAUCAGAGACCCCCACAGUGGAGACAGUGACUAUUGGAAAGCACGAUGUCAAGGCUGGUCUAUCCGAGUACGACCUUUCCAUUGCCAUGAACUAUGGACAGGCUAGUGGAUCACCUCAAAUCAUGCGUUUCAUCACAGAGCACACAGAGCUUCUCUAUAACCCACCUUAUGCGGACUGGAAAAUUGCUCCGACGGUGGGAAGCACCGGUGCUCUUGAGCAGACCAUUCGUCUGCUGUUUGAUCGCUCCCGGGGAGACUCAGUCCUCGCCGAAGAAUAUAGCUUUUCCACCGCAUUGGAAACAUUCCUUCCACAGGGUAUUAAGCCAUUUGGUGUCAAAAUGGACGACGAAGGUCUGUUGCCAGAAGCCAUGGAUGAGAUGUUGAGCUCUUGGGAUGAGACCGCACGUGGACACCGAAAGCCGCAUGUUCUCUAUACCAUCCCCUCCGGACAGAACCCAACUGGUGCAACCCAAAGUCUCCAGCGACGUCGUGCCAUCUAUAGUGUGUGCCAAAAGCACGACAUCUUCAUCAUUGAGGACGAGCCAUACUACUUCAUCCAGAUGCCUCCCUACCUUCCAAACGAAGCCCAUGGCGUGCAGGCCUCCGAAGAUGUCGAGUCAUUCCUAGCUGGCCUCGUUCCAUCAUACCUCAGCAUCGAUAUUGAUGGGCGAGUCUUGCGCAUGGAUUCGUUUUCAAAGGUGUUGGUACCGGGCUCCAGAUUGGGCUGGGUGACUGCGAGUGCGCAAAUUAUCGAGCGAUUCCUUCGCCAUGCCGAAGUUGCCAACCAAGGGCCGAAUGGAAUGUCACAGAUCAUGCUUUGGAAAUUGCUUGAUCAGACUUGGGGCCACGAGGGUUACCUCAAGUGGCUGAUUGCUCUGAAGAACGCGUACACCCAGAAGAGAAACACGCUCCUCGACGCUUGCGAGAAAUUCCUUCCCAAGUCUGUUGUCAGCUGGACUCCGCCUACAUCAGGCAUGUUUCUUUGGUUGAAGUGCGACCCGUUGCAGCACCCUGAGUACCCAGCCCGUCCAAUUGAAGAUAUCGAGGGCGAAAUCUUCGACCAAGCCAUCAAGACCGGUGUCCUUUGCGCUCGUGGCACUUGGUUCCGUGCUGAGCCGGAUACUCCCGCCGAUGGAAUGUUCUUCCGCGCAACCUACGCGAGUGCUACUGCGGAAGCCAUGGGGACUGCGAUCCAACGAUUUGGCGAGGCGAUCCGUCGGUCAUACCAGAUUGAGUGA